AAGGACAUUAAAGUGCGCCAGACCUGAAUUUAAAUUGUAUUUAUUUACAGAGGUAUAUUAUGUCACACUUCACACUAGUUGUAACUGUGUAUCUUCCAGAUAAAAUUCUAUCUACUUACUAUGUUACUAACAACAUAUUUCUGCCUCAUCAUUUGACCAAAAUCCACAUUUUCGCAGUCAGAAGUUAUUACAAACACUCAAUAUUGAUUGAUGGUGACAUUCAAGUAAACGUGUUGUAUUCAUCUCAUUAAUUGUCAUGUGUAGCUUGAAGUAAUAUUUCCGUUACCCAUAUGCGAUUAAAUUUCAUUAUGUAUUUUAUCAAAUCACAUGAGUUUGUAAGAAACUGUUUAAUUUUCCAAAAAUAUUUUGAAUUAUGUUAAUAUAAUAUAAUGUACCACAUGCUGAUCAGAGAGAUGUAAUGCCAGAGUAAAGUAAAGCCACAACUUACACAACAGAUCUUUUUUCCUGACAAAAUCAAUAUAAUGCAAUAUUUCUAUCUGCUGAAUGUAAGCUUUUCCAUAUUCCGAGCUUGCCUGCUGCACCGGGGUCAUCACAUGCAUGUGCGAGUCGUGAAAAUUAUGAAAAUAAAUCUAGAAAUUAUUUGAUUGUUAGAUUUUAAAUCAGCGGGGUUGAGGCAUCAAAAGUAACUAAGUAACUAAGCUGUUUUAUGGAAAGUAACUGUAAUAUUAUUACUGAAAUCUUAUUAGUAAUUAGUUACACUACUAGUUACUCCAAAAAAGUAAUAUUAUUACAGUAACUAAAUUACUAGUAACUAGUUACUGCCCAACACUGACUAUAACUAUAAACAUUUUUAUUAAUAAUAGUGAUAAUAAUAUUAUUGCACUUUAUUUUUCAUUUUUUAUAAAACACAGUCACGUGAUCAUAAACUCCUCCCUCUUACAGCUCUUACCAGGAAGAGACGGACGUGUUAUUUCUGCUUCCUGUCACACUGACUCUCUUCUCUACUGACAAAAGCAAUAAAGAAUCAGCCAUCAGUGAAGAACCAAGAGAAACACUUUACAGAAGGAUCUUUGUGAAGUUUGUUUCUGAAUAGACAGCAGAUGUUUGUGAUUCUGGUGGUGAUUCAUUCUUUAAACUGUUGUUCAGAAAGUGAAAGUAAAGUUUAGAUCGCUGGAGCUCAAAGACUGAAAAUGGCUUCACUAUCUGAAGAUGAUUUUUCUUGCCCUGUAUGUCAGGAAAUAUACAAUAAUCCUGUUGUUUUAUCAUGUAGUCACAGUUUCUGUAAAGAGUGUCUUCAACAGUCCUGGAGAACCAAGAAAACUCAGGAGUGUCCCGUCUGCAGGAGAAGAUCCUCAAAACCUGAACCUCCAUUUAAUCUCGCAUUAAGAAACUUGUGUGAGUCGUUCCUGAAGGAGAGAAAUGAGAGGCGUUCAUCAGGAUCUGAGGAGAUCUGCAGUUUACACAGAGAGAAACUCAAACUCUUCUGUCUGGAGGACAAACAGCCGGUGUGUGUAGUGUGUAUGAAUUCACAGAAACAUGAUAAUCAUAAAUUCAGACCCAUCGAUGAAGUGGUUUCAUCAUAUAAGGAGGAGCUGAAUACAGCACUGAAAUCAUUACAGGAGAAACUAAAACACAAUGAAGAAAUGAAAGGAGAGUUUGAGAAAACAGCUGAACACAUCAAGUCUCAAGCUGAGCGCACAGAGCGUCAGAUUAAACAGCAGUUUGAGAAGCUUCAUCAGUUUCUCAGAGAUGAAGAAGAAGCUACAAUCACUGCACUGAGGGAGGAAGAGGAGCAGAAGAAGCAGAUGAUGAAGGAGAAGCUGGAGGAGAUGAACAGACACAUCUCAGCUCUUUCACACACAAUCAAAGACAUGGAGGAGAUGAUGAAAGCCAGUGACGUCUGCUUUCUGAAGGAGUUUCCAGUCUCAAUGGAAAGAGUCCAGAUCUCAUCACAGCCGGAUCCACAGACGCCUUCUGGAGCUUUGAUUCAUGUGCCACGUUACUUGGGCAACCUGCCCUUCAGAGUCUGGAAGAAGAUGCAGGACAUCGUCCAGAACACUCCUGUGAUUCUGGAUCCAAACACGGCUCAUCGAUCUCUCCUUCUGUCUGAUGAUCUGACCAGUGUGAGAACCAGCGGAUAUCAACCUGUUCCUGAUAAUCCAGAGAGAUUUGACUGUUAUCCCUGUGUUCUGGGUUCAGAGGGUUUUAACUCAGGAACACACUGCUGGGAUGUGGAGGUUACACAGAGUGAAUACUGGAGUCUUGGAGUAACUACAGCAUCAAACCAGAGGAAGGGAGAUGAUUUCUAUAAGACUGGUGUCUGGUGUGUGUGGUACGGAGGGUCUCCAGGUUCUGCUUUUCAUGUUGAACGUAAGCUUGAUCGUGUGAGAGUGAAUCUGGACUAUGACGGAGGAACGGUGUCAUUCUCUGAUCCUGUAACUAACACACAUCUACACACAUUCACAACCUCCUUCACUCACACACUCUUCCCUUUCUUCUGUUGUUAUUCCUCUCUGAGGAUCUUAUCGAUCAAUAGUCAGUAAUCUGUAGAUCUGGAUCUUCCUGCUUUCAUCUUUCAUCAUGUUUCAAUAUUUAAUCCAGAUCACACGAGUAAGAGACUGUUGAUCUGAACAUCAGAUCAGAAAACAAGUGCAUUUAUUCAUCUUUAACAAUGAAAAAUUAUUAAAACAUGUGAUGAAGGGUUCAAAUAAAUCAUCUUAAUCAGAUCUGACCAAUGAGAAACAGUGAUGUCACAAAUCCCUGUCCAUAGCACCCUAGCAACUACCUAGCAACCAUCUAGAAAUACUUGAUUCAGCUGCAUGAUAAUAUCAUAUUGUGUGUAGUAUUGCAGAACUGAAAGAGUCACUUCAACACAUUUCAGUGUUUGUUUAAAUGAAUAAUUGUUUAUUUCAGUUCUAGAGAUUAAAUUAUCGUCUGUUUAUUGAAGUAAAUGAAUGUAAAAGGAUCUUGAUCCACAACAAUGUUGAAUAAAAUAUUAAUAUUUAGUCAGAAAUACUUGAUUCUGCUGUUUAUGAAUCUGAUUCUCAGAUCAAAUGAGACUGAAAUCUCUGACAAAGUCUGAAUCAGUUUCACAACAAAUAUUAAUAAUCGCUUGAAUAAACUAACAAUGUGUGA